GCUCCGAGCCCCCCACCCGCCGCUCCGCAGCCGGGACCGCGCCCCGCCUGCCGCUGCUGCCGCCCCUCCCGGGGGCUCCGGCCAUGGCCAUGACAGGCCCUACACCGUGCUCAUCCAUGAGUAACCACACCAAGGAGAGAGUCACAAUGACAAAGGUGACGUUGGAAAACUUCUACAGCAACCUCAUAGCUCAGCAUGAGGAGCGAGAGAUGAGACAAAAGAAACUAGAACAAAUGAUGGAAGAAGAAGGCCUAAAAGACGAAGAGAAAAGGAUCAGGAGGUCGGCACAUGCACAGAAGGAGACGGAGUUCCUUCGCCUCAAGAGAACCAGGCUGGGACUGGAGGACUUUGAGUCUCUCAAAGUAAUAGGCAGAGGAGCAUUUGGAGAGGUGCGCCUGGUGCAGAAGAAGGACACGGGACACGUUUAUGCCAUGAAGAUCCUACGCAAAGCUGAUAUGCUUGAGAAGGAGCAGGUUGGCCACAUCCGUGCAGAACGGGACAUCCUGGUGGAGGCAGACAGCUUGUGGGUUGUGAAGAUGUUCUACAGUUUCCAGGACAAGCUAAACCUCUACCUGAUCAUGGAGUUCCUGCCUGGAGGUGACAUGAUGACACUGUUGAUGAAGAAGGACACUCUGACAGAGGAGGAGACACAGUUCUACAUUGCUGAGACCGUGCUGGCCAUUGACUCCAUCCACCAGCUGGGAUUCAUCCAUCGUGACAUAAAACCAGACAACCUCCUCCUGGACAGCAAGGGCCACGUGAAACUCUCAGAUUUUGGUCUGUGUACUGGACUGAAGAAAGCCCACAGGACAGAAUUUUACAGGAACUUGAAUCACAGUCUUCCCAGUGACUUCACUUUCCAGAACAUGAAUUCCAAGAGGAAAGCAGAGACUUGGAAGAGGAAUCGCCGGCAGCUGGCUUUUUCUACAGUGGGAACUCCAGAUUACAUUGCUCCAGAGGUCUUCAUGCAGACUGGAUACAACAAGCUGUGUGACUGGUGGUCCCUGGGGGUCAUCAUGUACGAGAUGUUGAUUGGUUAUCCACCCUUCUGUUCUGAGACUCCUCAAGAGACAUAUAAGAAAGUGAUGAACUGGAAGGAGACCCUGACAUUUCCUCCAGAGGUUCCAAUCUCUGAUAAAGCCAAGGAUCUUAUUUUAAGAUUUUGCUGUGAAUGGGAGCACAGAAUUGGUGCAUCUGGUGUGGAGGAAAUAAAGAGUAACCCAUUCUUUGAAGGGGUUGAUUGGGAGCACAUCAGAGAGAGACCUGCUGCGAUUUCAAUAGAAAUUAAAAGCAUUGAUGAUACCUCAAACUUUGAUGAAUUUCCAGAAUCUGAUAUCCUUAAACCAACAGUGGCAACAAGCAACCACCCAGAGACAGACUACAAGAACAAAGACUGGGUUUUUAUCAAUUACACCUACAAACGUUUCGAGGGCCUGACAGCCCGAGGAGCAAUUCCAUCCUAUAUGAAAGGAGGGAAGUAACACAGCUUUACCUGGGACUUCUAAGCCGUGGAAUUCUGUUGCUGUACUUUGGGUUUGUACCCAUAAAAGAACUUGUUUUUUUUUUAAAGAAAACUUGAGGGCUAUCAACUCUUGGAGAAGAAUUCAGGACCCUGUUUUGUUACACACCUGGUUGUUAUUAAGGAUUUUUUUUUCCCUGCGCCAUUGAAAAAUUCCACAUGUUUGCAUCAUCUCUGCUGCCAGCACCUUUUGCUGCUUCAGGAGCAAGAGUUUUUUUUAUAUUUUUUGCCAGACUGUCUAGUCCAUUGGGAGAUGACAGCAAGCUUUCCCUUUGGCAUUGCAAACCAUGGAAUUCUAUAGGACUGUGUCCAGUCCUGCAUUAAGUGACAAACUCACUCUGCCAAUUCUGCCAGCACUGUUUGCCCAGUCCAGCUGAGGACUCCAGGACAGAGGAAACAAAGCAAUAAUUGAAGCUUGAGACAGAAAACUCUCCAGGAAACUGUCUAAUAGAAGGACAAAACUCAGAUUGCCUUAACCUUUCUUUGUAGUGCUGUUUUUAUAAUGCUCCCUGGAAGCCUCUUCAAUAGCAUUUCUCAGCUCUGUCACUGUGGCCCCCAGUUCUGGUGCACUUUACUUUUGGUACUAAGUGACCCUCAAGCCAUUUAAUAUUUUUUCUAAAUUAAAAAAAAUUUGCAACACGUUUUCCUUCCUAAAUGGAGGAGAAAUGUGCCAUUUCCUCCACUGAGCACCGAGUUUUUCAGUAUUUCAGGGUGGAUCCAUAAGCAAUGCAGAUAAACUACAGCUGGUCACAUAAGUGGGUCUGGAAUUAGAGCAGAGGGAGGGAAUUCCAGGAACCUGAUCCUUGGUGGGUAAGUUGUGCACAGCUGGGCCAGCCCUGAGGCUCCCCAGGCUGCCUGCUGCUGUUUCUCAGCCUCCUCUGAGCUCUGCUGCAUCUUCAGUGCUUUAAAGGCCAAAACCCAACUUCUGUGGCCUUUUUGCUGUUGGUUUUGAGCAGAGCAGGAUCAGGAUGUUGCUGAUGGAGCCUGCCUGUGUUCCCUCACAGAGCUGCUCUUGCUGUACCAUCUGUACCCAGUGUGUUCCAUGGAUGGUGCUCAUGGGGUCACUUUUGGGGCACUGGAACCCACCCUGUCCACUCAUUGAUUGUUGCCUGCUCUGUUUAUAAAAGUACAUUCAGUUCUGAUCAGGGUCUCUCCAGGAGAGCCCCAAAGUGCCUUUCCUUGCCUAGGCCUCUCUCAGAACACAACAGCAUUUUGGGAGGGAGGAUUCUGCCUCAGCUGAGCUUUUCCUGAUUUGUUUUUCUAACCACAAGCUCCACGUUGUGCCCAUUUGUAGUUAACUCUGCACUUCCAGGGGCAGGUGGCAUUAACCCAUGAGCCUGCAUGGUUCCAGUCUGGAAUUUACAAUCAGAUAUUAAAAAUACAAUUCAAUGAGUUUUCUAAAAGUGUUUCUCAAUUCAAAUUGUCUUGGAUUCCUGCAAACUUCUCUUGGUGCUGAACACUAACUGUGGAGUACAGACAAGACAAAGCUCCAGUGAUAUCUCACAGGAAAAAAAAAAGGCUUCCAGGUCUGUUUAGUCCUGACUUUCUUGAUUAGAAAAUGAAACAAAAUGGAUUUGUAGUGGAACUUUUUUUUAUAUAGGUGCUUUUAGGGAAUGUUUACCUAGAUGUCUCUUGACUCGAGUGCCAUCCCCAAGGCCUGGUGGGGGACUGCCAGUACUGUACAGAACUCAUCAGGGUCCUCCCCUCACCACCCCUGUGCUUUUUGUACAUGUCCUACGAGUUCAUGACUUGCCAUAAGCAGUUCAGACAGCAGUUGGAUCCUAGCAAGCUGAAAUGCAAAGCCAGCCUUAAUCACAAGUCCCAGGAUCUCUGUGGUCAGAAGGGCUCACUUGGAUGGAUAAGGGCUAAGGAAGGAAUGACUUACAGGAUCAGGCUUUCAUCAGCUCAUCCCUGCAUCACAUUCUGCUCCUUUUUGACUUUGCAUGAAGGACUGAUACCAGCUUCUCAAACUGUUCCAUCUUUAUCCUGCAGUUUCUUCUAGCCAUUUGAAAAUGUUGCCUUAUAAACCAUUGGAAUUAAUGUAAGACCAUUUUUUUUUUUCAAUUCUUAACAGCUUAGUUACUGCCUUAAAAUAAAAACAAAAAUCAAAAUCCUUUGAAGCUGCUGUGGAUUAGGAACAAAUGAUUUUGAGAUAAUAGCUGCAUUCUUAGCCCUUUACUGAAAGGGACCAGCAUUUUUAUUUAUAAAUACCAAAGAUGAAGAAGCUAAACAAUUUUAAGUUGUGAUAAGUUGCUGUGAAAAACCAACUCUCUAGUACUGUUUAUUGUACAUUUUUAGUGCUGUGUUUGAAGUGGGACCCCUCAGGUGUGUCACUGGAGUCCAAGGUGAAGUUUUCAAAGGCACGAGGAGCAGUGGGGUACCUCAUUCCUGUUGUCUUCCAGCAAAAGUUGGAUGUGUUUGAAUCCAGUCCUGCUGGACACACCUUUGCAGUGGGAGGUUCUAUAUCCUAGGUGCACUGUAAGCCUGCAUCCUGUUCCAGUUUUUUUACCAACAUUAGGGGAAUAAAAGUGUCUCCUGCAGUAUCUCCUUCCAGGAUCCAUAUUUCACUGCUGACAGUAAGGAUUUUGUAUGCCUGUUACAUCUUCCAUGGUAGCCAAACAUUUUUACAUUUUUUGUGUUUUGAGGUUCUUAGUAUCUUUUACCUCUUUUUUUUUUUUAAGCUGCAGUUGCUGGAUUUGUAGAAGUAAUUCCAAUCUGAAUUUCCAAUGGAUCUGAACACCUUAUGCUGCCAGUUCAUCUCUGUGUCAUGCCUAGCACAAAGCUGCACUAAGUGUUUCUUAUCACUGUGCCCUGACUCUGCCUUAACCUCGAAGUUGAAAAAGUGUUCUGUAAAUAUUUAAAAGCUGUUACAAAAUUGCACUGUACAAUUUGGCAGGUGUAGUCAACUUUUUACAGAGCGAUCUCGUUGUGUUGUGUAAAUAAAAUCCUCUUA